AUGGGUAAUCAACCCUCCAAGGGCGAGAAGGGCUCGCAAGACGGCGGCCCUGAUCUCAGCUCCUAUCCUUCCUUCUCCAAGUCCGACACCCAGGGCUCGACACGUUCUUUCCGCGGCUCCAUUCGCUCAAAGAUCCCCUCAAAGAUAUCCACAGACAACUUGCGCGGCCCAUCCUCCGCACUGGCCUCACCCAAGAGACUGUCAGAGCCAGGUUUGGAUGCUGCCGCUGUACAGUCCAUCCCUGGUGCCAAACAUCAUAGACGCUCUCCUUCUGCUCCUUCUCUUUCCGAAACCUCGCGCAGAAGCAGCGGAGCAAGCAACGAUGCCCAAGAUCAAGACGAAGUCCAAGCUCCUCCCUCUCCCACUCUAUCAUCCUCUAUCGGCCACGGCCAUUCAGACAUCACCAAGGCUCAGCGCACUGGCGAGGUCGAGCACGUCUCCGACGCUCCUCCCACUGGUACCCUGCAACACAACAACCUCACCGAACCCACCGAGUCCAUCUUGAUGAGGAAGGCCGAUCACAAACCCAGCGCCGCCGCUGCAGCACUUGCCUUAUCAGAAGGUUCGGCUUCCAAGGAUAUGGACAUUGGUGCCCUCAAGACGUCGGAUCUGGAUGACAUGAUCAAGCGUUUGAUCGAUGCAGGAUACGCCGGAAAGGUCACAAAAACCGUGUGUCUGAAGAAUGCCGAAAUCUUCGCCAUCUGUCAGGCUGCUCGCGAGGUCUUCCUCUCGCAACCUGCUUUGCUGGAGCUCGCUCCCGCAGUCAAGAUUGUUGGUGACGUGCAUGGACAAUACACCGACCUCUUGCGCAUGUUUGAAAUGUGUGGUUUCCCUCCCAACUCCAACUACCUCUUCCUAGGCGACUACGUGGACCGCGGCAAACAAAGCCUGGAAACCAUUCUCUUGCUGCUCUGCUACAAGCUACGCUACCCCGAGAACUUCUUCCUCCUCCGUGGCAACCAUGAGUGCGCCAAUGUGACUCGUGUCUAUGGAUUCUAUGACGAAUGCAAGCGUCGUUGUAACAUUAAGGUGUGGAAAUCAUUCGUCGACACUUUCAACUGCUUGCCCAUUGCAUCUGUUGUUGCCAACAAAAUCUUCUGUGUGCAUGGAGGUCUAUCGCCCAGUCUUUCGCACAUGGAUGACAUUCGCAACAUUGCUAGACCGACUGACGUUCCAGAUUAUGGGCUGCUCAACGAUCUGCUGUGGAGUGAUCCAGCCGACAUGGAAAAUGACUGGGAAGCCAAUGAACGAGGUGUCAGCUACUGUUUCGGCAAGAAGGUCAUCAUGGAGUUCCUUGCGAAGCACGACUUUGACCUCGUGUGCAGAGCGCACAUGGUGGUAGAGGAUGGUUACGAAUUUUUCACUGAUCGUGUCUUGGUUACUGUAUUCUCGGCACCGAACUAUUGUGGAGAAUUCGACAACUGGGGCGCCGUUAUGUCUGUCUCUGGCGAGCUAUUGUGCAGCUUCGAGUUGUUGAAGCCUCUGGACUCCAGUGCGCUCAAGCGACAUAUUAAGAAGGGCCGAAACGAACGACAGAACAUGCUCAACAGUCCGCCUGCAAGUCAAUACCCUCAGAGUUAUUAA